AUGAUGGAAGGCAUUGUGACUCAGAGUCAAUUUGAGAAUCUCACCAACUUAAGGUACUUGAAGGCGCCUGGAAAUUCCUUGACUUUAGAAGUAGAUCCCAGUUGGGUUUCUCUGGCCCAGUUUUUAUGUCUUGAUUUGAGUUCUUGGAAAUUAGGUCCUCAGUUUCCCAAUUGGCUCCGUUUACAAAAGAAGAUAAAUUAUCUGGAUUUAUCCUCUACUGGAAUCUCAGGUGCUAUUCCUCCGUGGCUUUGGAACAUGAGUACAGCAUUUGAUUACUUGGACCUUUCCCAUAACCAGCUAAGUGGUGGUAUUUCAAAUAUUUGCUGUAUAAAUAAAGUGCACCUGAGCUCAAACCAAUUCACUGGCCCAUUACCUUCUACAACUCCUGAUCGCAUGUUUACUUUAGACCUCUCCAAUAAUUCCAUUUCUGGAGGUCUCUCUCACUUCCAGUGUCAUGGAGUUCGCCCAAAUGGAAAAAGUACGAUAGAGGUUCUUGAUCUUGGAGAAAAUCUUCUUUCGGGUAAAAUUCCUGAUUGUUGGAUGAAUUGGACAGUUCUAGGCUUCAUUAGUUUGUCAAACAAUAAUCUAAGUGGAAGUAUCCCAAUGUCCAUCGGAUAUUUGAGUACUCUGCUCUCUUUGCACUUGGGCAACAACAAUCUCUCUGGUGGUAUUCCUUCUUCCCUGGAUAAUUGUACAGAACUAAUUACAAUUGACGUUGCAGGAAACAAAUUAGGUGGGAAGUUACCAACUUGGCUUGGUCCUAGUCUUUCCAAAUUGAGGAUUCUCAUCCUGCGCUCUAACAAGUUUCAUGGUGAAAUUCCUCCCGAACUAUGCCACCUGUCUUCCCUGCGAGCCUUAGAUGUUUCCAACAACGAUUUUGUCGGUGUGAUCCCGAGUUGUUUCAAGAACUUUACCUCCAUGGCAACAGAAGAGAGUGUUUACUUGCGCAAUAAUGAGACAACUUACUUCUAUUCUGGUUACCCAGAGAGUGCACAAUUGGCAAUUAAAGGAAAUGUAUACGAAUAUAACUGGAUUCUUGGACUUUUCUGCAGCAUUGACCUCUCAAACAACAAUUUUUCUGGCAAGAUCCCUCUUGAACUAACCAAUCUUUUGGGGUUGAAAUCUUUGAAUCUGUCCGGCAAUCAACUGGAGGAAUGA